CUUCCCCUAUCCUCAAGGAAACACUGAAUCAGAACCCAUGAGGAGGAGUCGCGCGCUUUACCGCCCAUCUCAAACCAACCAGCGCAUGGCUUAAUAUUUGAGUCAGUCAUCAAGAGCAGUUGAAUUUUCUCUCACUCUGUCUCUCUGUAAUUAGUUUUUACUGGAACUCGUUUUUCAGAUAAAGUUAUUUUGUUAUCAGUUAGUAAAGCAAAACUUAUUUAACUUUAUUUAAGGAGCGCGAGAAGCGUAAGUAUAUUUUUUUGAGAGAGCGCGCUCAGAUGGCUGCCCUGAUCAGCGCGUACUCGUCGUGGCCAGAGAGCUUCGAGUGUUCCGCGGGAGAUGGGGACGUGCCCGACGGACACAGCUCGCACAGGACUCCCGCAGACAAAGUGUCGGAGCCGCGCAUCAGAAGACCUAUGAACGCGUUUAUGGUCUGGGCUAAAGAUGAGAGGAAGCGUCUGGCUGUUCAAAAUCCCGACUUGCACAAUGCGGAGCUCAGCAAAAUGUUGGGCAAGUCAUGGAAGGCCCUGACACCCCCACAGAAACGUCCAUAUGUGGAGGAAGCAGAGAGGCUGCGUGUGCAGCACAUGCAGGACUACCCCAACUACAAGUACCGGCCUCGCAGGAAGAAGCAGCUGAAGCGCAUCUGCAAACGCGUAGACCCAGGCUUCCUCCUCGGUGGCCUGCCGGGCCCUGACCAGAAUGACCCCCGAGGGCUUUGCCACCCUCUUGACAAAGACGACGAUGGGUCUCCUGGGGUCGGUGGGGGCUUCUCGUCCCACAGCCCCGUGCUCCCUAGCGUCAGGUCCUUCAGGGAGCCCUCCAGCUCCAACAGCAGCUUCGACACUUACCCCUACGGUCUGCCCACCCCACCGGAGAUGUCCCCGCUGGAUGUCAUGGACCACGAACACUCUUCCUAUUACUCCUCCUCCAUCACUAGUGGUGGCAUCUCCUCCUGCUCACCCUCCUCCGGCUCCUCCUGUCCUGAAGAGAGACGCCAGGUGUCGGCUCACAUGGGCAGCCCCCCUCCCUAUCACACCGAAUAUGCUCAAACCCAGCUCCACUGUGGGCCCACGCACCUGGGCCACAUGUCCAUGUCCCAGGCUGGGAGUGGGGCUCUGAUUCAUGGUCCUCCGCUGUCUUACUACAGCCCGUCCUUUUCCCAGGUCCAUCCUGGGCUCCAGGGCCACCUAGGCCAGCUGUCCCCCCCCCCAGAGCAGGGUCACAUGGAGACCCUGGAUCAGCUAAGCCAAGCAGAGCUACUGGGGGAAGUGGACCGCAAUGAGUUCGACCAGUACCUGAACUCCACAGGGUUCCACUCCAUGGAACAAGUAGGCAUGACCGUUACGGGACACAUCCAGGUCGCGCCAGCAUCUGCAUGCCCCAGCAAUUCCACGGAAACCAGCCUCAUCUCUGUGCUGGCGGAUGCCACAGCGGCCUAUUACAACAACUAUGGCAUUUCUUAAGCUGUUGCCUGGCAACUGCGCCCAUCCCACCUGUAACUAAGUUGAGACAAUAGGUUUGGCGAGUUGGGGGGGGGCAGGGGGAUGCUGGGCAGGGGGCAGGACCAAUCACAGAGCAAUAUGAUUGUCUGGGGCCUACAGAAGAACAAAGAGGUUUGUAGAAGGCGAAAAAGAUAAAUCUACGCAGAGUGAGAAGGAACUUUAAUGGAAACCUCAGGGACGUACAUAAAACAAAACUAACCCUAACCUCUGGUCCAUCAGAUUCAUAUCUGAUCCCAGAAUUUUAAUCGGACUUGCAAUCCAGUUGUAAAUGUCUUGUUGCCAUGCAGGUGUGUACAAAUGCUCUUAAGCUAAUUUAAGUAAUUUGAUGUUUCGCAUUAAUGCUAAUUGUAAUGCUAUUAUCAACUCUUUUCUUGUGAAUGUUUGUAAAAUUCGUUCUCUCUACAUUAGUUGGGAGUUUUACCUCAGUAGUUUGUAUUUAAAUGAGGAUUAGAUUACAUUGACAUUUCUUAUGCAAUUCUUCCAGACAAAGUAGUAUAUCAAAAAGAAAAUAAAUUUAUAUACUUAUCAUUCUUUCAAGUACUUAAUAUAUAAUCAUAAUCUUUACAACGGAAAUAAUAAGGAUAACUAUUACUGUAUGCUGAUUUAGGUUUGUGAAAAUUUAUUUAAAUUAAAGUUCCUCUUUUAUAUUGAUUUCUUUAAAUCUGUUUAAUUGCCAUAUAAAUAUGCUUACAUAGACAUGGAUUGUGUGAUAUCCUCUGCAAUUUGCAUGCUGUGAAACAACGUCCCUACGUCUUUAAUGUAAUUGACAAUAUAGUUUGUUGGGUUUUGGGUUUCCAUAUUAAACCAGCGGUUGCAUUGGAAUUAAUUUGCAAUCUUAUAAUAAUGAAGUUCUUCACCGAAGGCUCAACUAUUCUCAUUGAAAUUAGUUUUGAUUUGUUACGUUCAGAAUUCGAGACUUGACUAGUUAAUGUCAAAUGCUUUUCCUUACAAAUCAUGAUCUUUUUUUGUUGUUGAGAAGAACCCUAGCUCUGGUCCUAGCUGACAGCCUGCUGUCCCACUCUCUGCUUCCUCUCUUCCACCCUUCUUCCAUCGUCCUCCUUCCUCCCCAGUCCCCACUCGCUUUCAUUCCACCCGCGGUUCAGAGGAUUAGUGUAAAACACCCACAGCCCCCUCCUUUCACCCCGCCCCCCUCCAUCUCAACCCGUCUCUUUGUUUUUCCAGUGUCUUAUUCUGGGUGCCUUUCUGUGGCUCACUAUAACCCACCUACCCCCCACCCUAUCCUACCCCACCCCCUCACCCCACGUCCUAUCUUGCUGAUGCAGACCUUUCAUAAUCUGCACGGAAUAAAUAAAUAAAUCUCGGGGGCCCCUGAUGACUGUUUUACACGUUCCUCGUUUCUCUCGCUCCUUUUUCUUUCGUAAAAUUCUUCUCUGUUUCGAUAAAAGGAAUUCUGGGGCUUUUGACAAAUCCUGGAGUCUGGCUGGCCUUCCUGCGUUUUUUUGGGAACGGUUGAGUCGGGCUUCUUGUAAAGAGGAUGUGGCGCAGGAGCGGUGUUUCCUGACUGAUAAGGGAAAAGCCUCUCUCCGUCAGGAUGUUUGGGCCUGGCUGGUUGUCGCAUUAAAGAGCCCCAGCCAGGGAAGGGAACCCGCUGUCGGACUAGUGGGAGGAAACGAGACCUCGCUGAUUAGCAUCUUACGCCCGCACAUUUUUUCAGGGAGGCCUUGUCGACCUGGCCCCGACAACGAGCCUCGACCACACACACACACACACACAUAGGCAUGCACACAGACAAAACCACAAAAGCACACACACACACAUACACUAACAUACACACACACACACCAACAAAGGACUGACACAGAUUUCUUACUCUGUCAGUUCACUCCAGUUUGACCUCUGUGAAGAAUUUCCAAGCCCAAGACAACAACACCCAUAGGGUAUACAACACAUGUGUCUUGUUACACCACUCCUAGUACCCAAUGUAUGUUCCUGAUUCAAUACACCUCCACUGCACUGUUCCUUGAGAAUUUGAUUAAAUUGACCAGAAUGACAACAUUCAUCAUAUGCCAGAGUUAACAGCUGUAAGAAAUAGGCCUCAUUUUUUGAAGGGGUAUAUCAUUACCCUUGUUGCCUGAGGGAAAACUCUGUGGAGAUAUGUAGGAGGAACAGGGUGCUUUGGACUGGACCGUUGAGUGGAGUGAGUAGCCUGAGGCUGGGGGCUGUAGAGGUUGAAGAGGGGGGUUUGGUACAGUGUCAGCUGGGUACCAUUGGGGUCAGGUCAGGUUCCUUCAGCUAGCCUCCCUUGGUAAAGACUCCCUGUGGUGUCUCAACAAGCACUUCCACUACCCCGGGGGUAGGGCAUUGUAGCGUGGACAAGGACAGACACUCAGCACUCCAAACAAAGGAGCAAGUCUCAGUGGUCUCUGUGUAUCACUCACUUGGGGUUUAAUCCAAUUAGUUGUCACAUAACGUUUGUUUUAAGUUUGAUCCUUUUCACCUCAACUGCAGGGCUUAAGACCCUUACUGCAGCACCAUGCACGAACACAAGUAGAAGGGGCACUGGCAAGACUACAUUUAUGCACCGUGUUCCACUUCAACAAAAAGACAAGAAAAACUUUCUACUGCAAGAGAAAUUAUGUCCUUCACAUUGAUUCAUCAAUGACUCCUACGCAAUGUACAUAAUCCAGAAAUUCAUUGAAUGAGUUACGUAAUUUAAUGAAAUAUCAAUUUUCCCAGACAACUGCUAACCCUAUUUCAAUCAUUUCUCCCUAUACAGUAAAUCAGACAGUACUAAAAAGUUCCCUGUAGAGUUGGUUGUUUUAUCAUGAAAAGAUAAUAAAAUAAAAAUGUGGUUCAUGGAAGACAAAGUCCUCUCUUUUUCUCUGUGACCUGACCAGCUGAGUUCUACACAAUUGCUAUGUGUUGACUGUGAAGUUAUGAGUUCACAGGAAGCAGGGGCAAAACACUAAACUUGUCUAACUCAAUCCCUUCCUUUCUGAAAGCUGUGGUCCUCAACAUAACCUUUGUUCAGACACCUCUGCUAGGCA